AUGGAACAGCAUCUGCCCGCGAAUGAACUGUUGCGUCGGCCGUACCUCUACCGCCUGAUGAGCCAGUCGUCAAACCUUCGGUGCUGGUACAUCCUCCUUUGGGUUAUGGACGGUUGGUGGCAUGGAUCCGUUGUCUAUUUCGUCUGCUACUACGUCUUGUGCGGUGGUAUGCUUUAUUCGGACGCAACCUUCUUCCAAUCCGGAGUCUCCUAUUCUGCGGUUGAUUUCGAACUCUUUGGCAAUGCAAUUUUCAUCUACCUUGUGGUGACAUGCACAAUGCGCAGCGUUAUUGCGUCUCGUCAUCUCAACCUCGCCCUCAUUAUUGGUCUGUUUCUUACGGGCAUCCUAAACCUCGCUGUCAUGUUCCUUUACCAGUACACUUCCGGCCCUAUUGGCCGUUUCUACAUGGCUUACAUCUACCUGGGAUCCUGUCCGGCGUUUUGGCUGUGCCUGCCGCUGGUCACUGUGCUCGCCCUCCUGCCAGACAUCCUGUGGCGAAUCAGUUCCGACGCCUGGUGGGACUACCAGAUCGCCCUGAGCGGCGUCAAGAGGAUGCGAGAGAAAAGGAGUCGCAAGGCCUGGCGUCAGUUUGUCGGUCGUGGAAAUUCGAGUGACUGA